CUCUCUCUCUCUCUCUCUCUCUCUCUGCUACAACCCGACGAUCUAUUCCCCGCUGGCAAAGAUUCCCUCCCUGUCCUCCUCUCUCUCUCUUGCCCUUAUCAUCUUUCUAAGUUUCUCCUCCAAAAAUCCCUAAAUCUACGGUCAUGCUUCUCCUGAUCUCCCUCUAGUCCCUGCCGUUAAUGUCCUAGACAUAGGAUUGGAACUCCGGCGCUUCCAUAUUUUUAAUGGGCUGUGCAAGCUCAAAGCUCGAUGACCUUCCGGCGGUGGCGCUGUGUCGCGACCGCUGUGCCUUUCUUGACGAAGCAAUCCACCAGAGGUACUCUCUUGCCCAAGCUCAUCUGUCCUAUACUCACUAUCUCAAAGCUGUCGGACUUUCUCUCCAUAGAUUUUUCGAUCAAGAUCUCGAUAAUUCUGCUGCUGGACCGUCUUCUCCCAUUUUGAAUCUUCCGACUCAGCGAAAAGUCCAUUCUGAACCACCUGCAAAGCCGGCUCUUGUUCAUCAUACCCACUCUAAUUCCGGUUCCCAUCUUCAUUUUCACUCCGAUUCCGAUGAAGGCGAUUCGGGUUCGGAAUCUCUACAUCUGCACUCGGAGGAUAAUACUUCGCCGCUUCAUUCUUACCAUCAUCUAAGUUAUGCAGAUCACGAUACCCCAGGUUCGUAUCCCCAGAGUAACGGAUUCAUGAACAUCAAUUAUAUGAAGAAUCAAACGACGCCGUCGGUGGUGCAUGAGCAACGGCCCAUGAGUCCUGAGACUGUGUAUAUGGGCGAAUCUUCUUCAUACUAUCCUUACCCGUACAAUAAUUCACACCCUAGCUCUUCGUACAAUAAUUAUGGUGGUUUCUUUGGUUCAUCGGCGCCUCCGCCUUAUGGUUAUUCAUCUCCACCGGCUCCGGCGGGGCUUUUAUCGGCGGAGUCAACUUCAAAACCGCCUCCUCCUCCACCUUCACCACCACCGAGCUCAGGUUGGGAUUUUAUGAAUGUUUUUGAGAGUUCUGAGAAUUAUUAUCCGGCGUAUACACCGAGUCGUGACUCGAGGGAGCUAAGAGAAGAAGAGGGAAUUCCUGAUUUGGAAGAUGAGGAUUUUGAACAUGAAGUUGUCAAGGAAGUACAUGGAGAUCAGAAAUUCGUUCAUGAUGUUGGUGGCCGCACCAGUGGUGGUGGCAAUUAUUCGAAGGCGGUGGUUGAUGAUGACGGUGGGAAAGCCAAAGAUUCGGAGUUGCUAUAUCGAACGAGGCCGAGUGUUUCACAGGAGAAUGAUCCGAUGGAGUAUGAGGUGCAUAUGGUGGAUAAGAAAGUGGUUGAUACUGAGGAGAGGCCAGGAGGUCUGGGCAAUGUGGCUGGGUUUAAGCCUCCAGGUGGUUUUAAGGGUGACUUUGAAAUUGUUAGGGAAAUUCAGGUUCAAUUUGAGCGAGCUUCUGAGUCAGGACAUGAAUUAGCAAAGAUGCUUGAGGCUGGAAAACUCCCAGUUAAUCGCAAACAUGCUGCCUAUCAAGCUUCGAAGUUUUUGUAUGCAAUUACUCCUCCAUUGUCGAUAGGAUUGUCUCAACCUUCUACUUCUAAAGAGGCCGGGCCCUCCUCUAUUGACAAGGCUGAUCCUUCCCACUUGGAUUUUGAUGAAAAUGUGGAACUGAUGUCCAAAAAUAUUUCUUCUACUUUACAGAAGCUGCACCUCUGGGAGAAGAAGCUAUAUGAGGAAGUAAAGGUUGAGGAGAAAAUGAGAGUGCUUCAUGAGAGGAAGAACCGAAAAUUGAAGCGCUUAGAUGAAAGGGGUGUUGAGGCUCACAAAGUUGAUGCUACAAGAACUUUAGUCAGAAGUCUUUCCACAAAAAUUCGAAUUGCAAUUCAGGUUGUUGAUAAGAUAUCUGUGAAAAUAAAUAAGUUGAGGGAUGAAGAGUUGUGGCCACAGCUAAAUGAAUUAAGUCAAGGGUUAAUGAGAAUGUGGAAAUCCAUGCUUGAAUGCCAUCGUCGUCAAUGUCAUGCUAUUGCAGAAGCUAAACGAUUGGAUGCCAUUGCUUCUCGCAAACACUUCACUGAUGCUCAUCUUGAAGCCACGUUGCAGCUUGAGCAUGAGCUUCUUAACUGGACUUUAAGUUAUUCUUGUUGGGUUGGUGCCCAGAAGGGUUUCGUGAGAGCAUUAAAUAACUGGCUUCUGAAAUGUCUACUUUAUGUGCCUGAGGUAACACCUGAUGGUAUAGUUCCCUUCUCCCCUGGUAGGAUAGGUGCACCGCCUGUGUUUGUGAUCUGUAAUCAAUGGUCACAAGCAUUGGAGAGAAUUUCUGAGAAGGAAGUGGUUGAUUCUCUUCGAGAUUUCGCGUCAAGUGUGCUUCAGCUAUGGGAACGGGACAAGCUAGAAAUGCGCCAGAGGAUGAUGAUGCACAAGGAUUUGGAGAGGAAAGUUAAGGAGCUGGAGAGGGAGGACCAAAAGAUACAGAAGGAGAUUCAGGCGCUAGACAAAAGGAUGGUUCUGGUUUCUGGGGAUGGCAGCGGUCUCUCUGUAACUGGACAAGUUGUGUACCAGAGUGACACUAGCAAAAAUAGUAGCCUACAAGUGAGCCUGCAACAUAUUUUUGAGGCAAUGGAGAGGUUCACAGCUAACAACUUUAAAGCUUAUGAGGAGCUGUUGCAGCGUAUUGAAGAGGAUAGACUUGGUCGAGAACAUGAAGAAGUUCAUAGGGCUGCAUAGUGGAAUUGAAACAAUGUCAUCUCUUUUGAGUUGGUGAUUAGAAUCAUUAUGUUCAGCUUUCCUUCACGUUGAUACAUUGUUUGGAACUUGAGAGGUGGGAUCAAUGCACUGGAGUUUCAUAAAUUCACUCCUCUAGUUGGGUGGUUGUCUCCGCCUCAUUGGAGCUCCAGCAUGGUUCAUGUUGUGGGGUGUUUUAGUUGGUUUUGUCAUUCCCAGCUGCAAUUUCAGGGCACAAUCCCAAUGGUUUGGUCAAUUUUUGAGUCAACCACUGCCAUUGAAUGAUAAUAUUUGCAGUGCUGUGGAAGCGAUAGGAGGAAGGAAGCUGGAUUAAAUAGAACCUAACUUGGUGAACACGAGAAAUUCAAAAGCUGCAGCUGGCCAAAGUUGGGUGAUGUUUAUGAUUCCUUGAUAAAGUUGAUAUAGUCCGACAUAGUGAGACUGCUUUCUGAAAGUGAAACAAAGUUGGCAGGAUGACAUUGCUCACUGGUUUCAGGCCUCUUAUUGGCUUAAGUAGCGAUAUGACAUUGCUCACUGUUGCUUAAAGAGAACUGGUCCACUACCCGGGCCAGUGUUGUGGAUAUUGUGCAUCUGGAUGGGACUCCUCUGACCUAUUUCCUACCAUGCCUUAAAAAGACAGGGUGGUAGGUUAAACCAGCUCUGAUGGAAGUGGUUUAGGUCAUGCAUCCACCAACUGAGACCAGUAGAGAUUAGCUGGAGAGUCCUUUGAGCAUGGUAAAUUUUACUUCAAUUUCUCCUUAGUAUGACUAGAUCAAUCAAGUUUUGGCCUGUGGGCUGUCUUGUGACGCAAGUUGGGGUACCUUAGGUCUUGUAUAAUAGGAUAGAUGCUUAUUAUUUUAUUUAUUGGUUAAAUUGUUAUUGUUGUACAUAAUUCCUUAUGUUACUAAAGCCUUGCAUUGUGAUACAUACCUGAAUGAUGGCGGUGUUGGACUGAGCAAUAUGAUUAUCCUGCUGGUAAGUUGAGAAUGAUAAAAACUGAUUGCAGGUCCAUUUGAGUCGGUG